GUCAGGUGUGCGUCAGGGUACUCUGAACAUGGAGAACUGCGUUUUGCAGUGUGAGACGACGGGAGUGAUCGUCCGAACAUCCGCCCAUCUCACCAUGAACAUGUGUGACCUCUACGGCUCCAAGGGUGCCGGUGUGGAGAUUUACCCCGGCAGUGUUUGCAGUCUGGUUGGUAACGGCAUCCAUCACUGUAAAGACGGGAUCCUCAUCAAGGACUUUGCUGAUGAGCUGGAUGGGAUGCCAUCAAUCACCAUGGAGAACAAUGUGAUCCACAACAAUGAAGGCUACGGAGUGAUUCUGGUGAAACCCAACAACGGGGAAACACACGAAGUUCCUCAGGACAGAAGUGGAG